AUGGCCUAUGAUGGAGAUGAUGGACAAAGCCAGGAUUAUCUCUUCAAAAUUGUUCUGCUUGGGGAUUCCUCUGUUGGUAAAUCAAACUUGCUAGCAAGAUUUGCAAGGAAUGAGUUCUACCCAAACUCUAAGUCCACUAUAGGAGUGGAGUUCCAGACACAAAAGUUGGUAAUCGAUGGAAAGGAGAUUAAAGCUCAGAUAUGGGACACUGCUGGACAAGAGCGCUUCCGAGCAGUAACAUCUGCUUACUACCGAGGCGCUGUGGGAGCUCUUCUCGUCUAUGAUAUUAGCAGGCGUCAGACUUUUGAUAGUGUUGGUCGAUGGCUCAAUGAACUGCACACUCAUUCCGAUAUGAAUGUCGUCACAAUUCUGGUGGGUAACAAAACCGAUCUGAAGCAUGCACGUGAGGUGAGCACUGCGGAAGGACAAGCCUUGGCGGAGGCUCAGGGCCUCUUCUUCAUGGAAACCUCAGCUUUGGAUUCGUCAAAUGUUGCAGCAGCUUUCCAAACUGUCGUUAAGGAGAUCUACAGCAUACUAAGCAGGAAGGUGUUUCAAUCACUAGAGCAGAAGAAAAGCGAGCUGCAGUCGCUAAGCAACAGGAAAGCCGUGGUGCUGCAGGGUGAGGCCAACCAAACAAGCAGUGGUGGGAGGUGGUGCUGUUCCUCAUGA